GUGGAAGUUGAAGACACUUGGAUUCGAAUUUGAAAGGUUUUCGUAAUUGGGUGGGUUUUGAUAUUUUUUUAAAAAAUGGGUUUCUCCUAAAAUAAAAGCAAUACUCUUUUUGGGGUGUAUAGGUAUUAGGUAGGGAGUCGAUAGCGGCGUAGACGGGAUUCGAUUCUGAGUCUUGAGUAUUAAUCCCCAAGAACUUAACCAACUUAAGCUUGUUUUGGAAGUAAACAUUUAGUUUUGUGAUGUAGAUGUAAUACAGUAAUACUAGUAAAGUGCAUUUGUAAAAAUUGAGUGACUUGUGUUGAAGGUGUUUGCUGUUUUUGGAAUUGGUGGUUUCUUGAAGGUUAAAGGCAUUUGCCAAUUUGUUUGUUAUGUGAAGGAGCUAGGCUAAACUUGAAUGUCUAUGAAGACAUUUAAAUCAUGGAGAUGGUCUCCUAGAAAGAAGCCUGUCCUAUCUGAUGGGGGACCUCAUGGAGCACAUGGAUUCAGGAUGAGACAACUAUCAUUCAUGGCAUUUGUAUGUAUAGCAACAAUGUUCAUUGUGUACAGAACUACAAGCUACCAGCAUCAGCAGACAGAGAUAGACGCUGAAAGGCAUCCGUUUGAUAACACACAGAAUUUAAGGACAUUAGAGUUGGAUAAUUUACCUCAAGGCGUCAUUCAAGCAAGAUCAGAUCUGGAGUUGAAACCUUUGUGGUCUCAUUCAAGGCCAAAGGUUGAUGAUUCCAGCUCCCACAACUUAUUAGCAAUUGCUGCUGGUAUUAGACAGAAGCAAAACGUCGAUUCUAUAGUUCAGAAGUUUCUUGCAGAAAAUUUCACAAUUAUGCUAUUUCAUUAUGAUGGCAACAUGAACAGCUGGUGGAAUUUAGAAUGGAGUAACAAGGCCAUUCAUGUAGUUGCACAGAAUCAAACAAAAUGGUGGUUUGCCAAGCGCUUUCUACAUCCAGAUGUUGUUUCUAUCUAUGACUAUAUAUUUCUGUGGGAUGAAGACCUAGGAGUGCAACACUUUCAUCCAGGAAGGUACUUGGAAAUUGUGAAAUCUGAAAGAUUCGAGAUAUCUCAGCCAGCUUUGGACCCCAACUCGACUGAAAUACAUCAUCGCAUUACAAUUCGCAAAAAAACAAAGAGGUUCCAUAGGAGAAUUUAUGAUUACAGAGGUUUUACAAAAUGUACAAGAUCUAGCAUGGGUCCACCAUGCACUGGGUGGGUGGAAGGCAUGGCACCUGUAUUUUCGAGGUCAGCUUGGCGUUGUACUUGGCAUCUUAUACAGAACGACCUUGUUCAUGGUUGGGGAUUGGACAUGAAGCUUGGUUAUUGUGCGCAGGGUGACAGGACAAAGAGGGUAGGCAUCAUUGAUAGUGAAUAUGUUGUUCAUCAAGGGAUACAAACUCUAGGUGGUUCAUCGGCUAAAAAGGCUUCAAAGUCAGAAGACUCCACAAAGGUAAAGCAGAAACGUUCAGGUGUUGAUACGCGUGUGGAGAUUCGCAGACAAUCAACAUCGGAGCUUAAAGUAUUCAAAGAACGAUGGGAGAAAGCUGUCACGGAGGAUAGUAGUUGGGUGGAUCCAUAUUCAAGAAAUAGCUGGUUUAACCUGUUCUCUAAAACUAGAAAAACGCGAUCGAAAAGAAGUUGGUAACGAGAUGUUUAUAUCGGCUGUGAAUAACCAUUUUCAACAUAGUGCUAUAAUAGACGUUCCCAGUGAUUCACCUUGGAACUUAGAGGUUCAUGUGCUCUUAGGGUCACUCGAGUUGGUAUACCUUGCAUAGUUCUUGCUUGUAAUGCUGGUGCUGUCUAUUUACAGGGCCACAUCAAUUAAUUCAUUGCUUCACUAUCCUUUUCUUCUAUGUUUAGUUAAAUUUCUAGGGAUAGGUUGCUGAUCAGUGGUAUCUGACCAAUCUGAUCUAUUUUCUUUGCUGAUCUUGUCAGCUCAAGGGAAUUUUAUGGAUUAUUGAUGCCCUUAUGUAGACAGGAAUUUUGACUGAAAAUGCAAAGAAAAAGUUACAGAGUA